UUACAUAUGCAUACUCCAACACAAUGCAAUGGAAUGACGAAAAUUGCCAAAUGAUAACGACAACGACAACAACAAAACAAAACUGCAAACCAUCGACAAUGAGCAGUUAUAAGAAGACUCUUCACUUUGAUCCAUCGAAGAGCGAGACCUACAGAGCCAUACAGGAGGAGGGUGGCUAUGGAAAUGGCUAUGCCCCACAGGAGGUGACAGUACCGGUCCAGCCAAAGGUCUUCCAACCAAACCGAUUGGUUCCAGGAAAGAAACCCAGCUCAGCAGCGCCCGUUUCCUACCCGACGUACAAUGUGGUAAAUACACAAGAUGACACCAUCCGUCAGAGCUCAUCAUUCAACCGCUUGAUGUACAGUGUAUUGGGCGCGUCAGAAUAUUAAGGGUUUCUAUGCGAGAGCCCAUCGAUGUCACCUAAAAAAAGAGAACAACAAUCAAAACAACAACUUAAAUAGCGAUAGCCUUAAAUAAACAAAAUGAAAAUGUUAAACAUUUAGCGAAUGUUUAAUUAAAAGAAAUUGCAGUACAGCUCAGCAAAUAAGUGAAUAUGCGUAUAUACCUACAUACAUAUAUUUAAUAUUAUAACAUACACAUACAUAUGUAUGUACAUAUGUAUGUACUUAACUAUGUAUUAUCAUACAAAAAUAAAUUACAUAUCUAACAUUAUCAAAUACGAAAGGAAGUUUAGCAAGAUUCUAUCAAUUCAGAAAAAAAGAAAAUACUUAGUUUUAUAAAUGAUACAUACGAAGCAUAAAUAGUUACAUAAAUACUUACAGCCAAAAUUGUGCACAAAUUCAUAAGCUUAUUAGUAACAAAUAACUGUAAUAAGUUUCGUAGUCGAUUCAAAAUUAUUUGAAAAUAAAAAGAAAUAAAAUAAAUCAG